AUGAUGCUUUUGCCAUGCCUAAUACACCUGAAUCAAGCAGAUGCAAACGGUGCUAGUGAGUUCGACUACGCCGCCAUUCUGACAAUCAUUUACACCGCAUUUGGACACCUCUCAAUUCUCACGCGCCUUGCAGCUCUACGUUGGGUUGAAGUUCUGCUAGCUGUAAAUCCCGAAGCUGUUUUCAAUAAUUCCCCAGACCUCAUGCCGUAUUUGCUCAAACUUCUUUCGGAUCCCUCUGUAGAGGCGAGUCUUCAUAUUGUUCAUUCCACAGUGUCCCUGGUAGGCAGCCUGUGUAAACAUCCAGUGGCUCAACGUGUCGCAUCUUCGUCGAAGGAGGACAGGAGUGGAAGUAGGGGAACAAAUGUUUCUUCAGUGCAACGACUCUUCACCACUCUGGUGAGCGGAGCAUGUAGCGUCGAUAGUGCCUCUGCAGCUGAUCGUGAGCGUGCAAACCUCCUUUGUCUCCGAUUUCUCUAUGAUCUCGUCCAACGAUUCAUCACCGAUCCGGGGAUGCUUAAUGAAAAAGGGAAUUUAAUUAUAACCGAUCUUUGUCUCGCUCUCGGUGCUAAAUCUGUAUACUACGUAAUGGCGUUAAUAAUCUCCAAUCUCCUCAACCCCAAACAAGCCUUCGAUAUAGUGAAGAUGCUAAAUCAAAUUCUCCUAACCCAACCGUCAGUCCUUACAUUCCGCGAUUUCCUUCACAACAUUGACCUUGAGAAGGAAGCCAAUCUGUUUGAAGAACUCUAUCGGGCUUGGUGUCACAAUCCUGUGGCCCUUCUCGCUCUCUGCCUCCUUACUCAGAAUUACUCUCACUGUUGUGUUCUUGUCAAGUCUUUUGGCGAUUUGACAAUGUCGGUUGAGGUCUUAAUGGAAUUGGAUCGUUUGGUUCAAUUAAUUGAGUCCCCGGUGUUUGCAAGGUUGCGACUUCAUCUUGUGGACAGACGCCAUAGUGCAGCACUCCAAGAGACCCUCUACUGUCUCCUUAUGUGCCUUCCACAAACUGACGCUUUUGACACUCUUAGAAGACGGCUCCAGUGUCUUCCAGGUCAUAUGCUCACAGAACCGAAUAGUUCUACUUCUCAUGCCGUCAAAGUGGACUUCGAUUCGCUUUUGGCCCACUUUCAUGCUGUUCAGCGACUACACGAGGAGUGGAGUUUGCAAGAAGAGUCGCUGAUGUCCUCCGUGCAAGGAGACGAUUGCAAUGUGAGUAGAAAAGCUUCUGCUCCCGUUGAAUUGGGCUUCGUGCGGUCAACUGACGUUGCCACUCCAAAAAUAGCCAAUUCCACGCAAUUUCUAGUCAAGGGUCUGAAACAACUUGGAAUUGAGGUCUUACCUCCCCCUCCUCCACCUUCUGAUUCCACCUGA